GGUAACCUUAACUCGUCUUGAUUACUACUAAGAUGGCGCACAAGACAGUUCAGCAGUUGGAUGCAUACAUUAAGGCAACAGCCGUCGUGUACGACCACUCCAACGCCAAGCUCAUCAGCAGGAAGACUAAAGUCAAACCAAGGAGGAAACAAGCUUUCCUGUCUGUACUGCAUUACAGGAAAACGUCUUCUGAUGAUUGCUGUGCAAAGAGGAGACCAUGGAAUCGAUGGAUCCGAAGAAAAUCAAAGCAGACACAUGAAAGUCAGAGUAAUUCCAAAGACGUAAAACAGAAACUGCAGGUCUUUGUCCGGACUCCCAUCCCACUUAAGACCAAGACACUUUAUUUCGAACUCCGUCCCGAGACAUCCGUCUCAUCUCUGAAAGAGGUAAUCCAGAAGAAGAUCGGUGUGGAGGCACGAUAUCAGCGUCUGUACAUCAGGGAAAAUGUCCAGCUCUGUGACUUACUCACACUUGAAGAGAAUGGUGUCGACACGAAGGAAAUCAUCUCUCUCCGUCUAUCACUAGAUGAGCAGGAUAACAAAAAUGUACCAAAAGAUAAAGCCAGCGUUGAUGAUGAGUACCUCAAGGACUUGUCAUCAAAAAUCGAAUCAUCAUGGAAGGAAUUGGCUAAACACCUAGGAUAUGAAGAAUCGGAAAUUGCAGACAUCCAAACCACCAACGAAGGGAGCACUGAAGAGAGCCGUCACAUGCUACUCACUUGGUGGGAAAAGACGACAGAUCGCGACGAAGCAGCUCAGAAGCUGAGACGAGCAUUGGAGGCCAUCGGGUUGUCGGAUUUGGCUCGAAAUGUACCAGUAACGAGCGAAUCGAGAGACGAAGCAUCUGGACCCGAGCCAGAAAGGCGUCAAGAUGCAGGAGUUGACGAGGAGAGCAAACAAAACGGGGCGGCAUCAACCGAGGAAGAAAAACCGAAAAAGAAACAAGUGUGUCAUCAAGACAAGCCUCAGCUUAUGUGUUUCAGAUAUGUGGCACUGCAGGUCUUCAUCAGAAGUCACCUGUCACAUAGACCAACGACGAUGUGUUUACAAAUGGAUCCAGAGACAUCUGUCUCGACUCUAAAACAGAUAAUUUGCGAGAAAAUCAGUGUCCGGCCUCAACAGCAGCGACUGUACAUCCGAAGAAACUUUCGAAACUUUGAGCUCCAUAACUUGCUGACACUUCAGGACUGUGGAAUUCAUCAGGACGAGAACAUUUCACUCCGUCUGUGUACUGAUGGCCUACUGGGCGGUGGACCAAAAGAUGCGCCGCCUGACAGCAAAUCCAUUUUGAGUCUUUCUGUAGACAUUGGAACAGACUGGGAAAAAUUGGCCAUAAACUUGAACUUUUCUGAAGGAGUUCUUAAUACAAUUAGGAGUAAUCGUCCCAACAACACUGAAAUGCAGUGCUUUGAAAUGUUAAACAAAUGGUGGAACAAGCAGAAAAAUUACCCAGAAGCAUGGCAGACGUUGGAGAAGGCUCUGAUUGAUUCAGGCAGGAACGACUUGGCUCUGCGCUUAUCAGAGUCUCCACGGCUACAAAUAAGAACGAGCGUCACAGACAACGGGAUAGAGAACGUUUCAUUAACAAAGCAGCUAUUGAACGUGCUGGCUGUCGCACUUCAAUCUUCCGGGCGUGUGAUGAUUGCACUCGGUGUCUUUUUCACAUCAUGUGGCGUUAAACUUGAACACGUAGUACGUGGGUCUGUGACAUUUGUUGUUCGUAUUGUGAGUCGGGAGGGUCUGAACAAACUCUGGAGUAUGUACACCACUGGAGAACUCGCCAAGAAACUGACAGAGAUUCUCAUCACGGAUGAGCUGACAACAGAGGAUAAGAGUGACUUGGCUAUCCAGGCUACCAUACAGGAAAACGACUACGAACAGGCCUGCCGAUUCUUUGACGAGUUGGAAAAAGCCCAGCAGAAAGACAAACAGCCUGUUGAUGAUCAGUUCUUUCGGGACUUGGCUUCGAAAACUGAAUCAUCCUGGGAGGCCCUGGCCAAAUUCCUGGGAAACGGAGAAACAGAAAUCAAGCAAAUCCAAACCACCUUCCAAGACGACAAAGAAAGGAGCCUACAAAUGCUGCUUUCUUGGUGGAGAAAGCAAACAAUUCGCGAAGAAGGAUUUCAGAAUUUGAGAGAUGCGUUAAAUUCAAUCGGGCGUGCUGAGCUGGCCUUAAUGAUUCCACCAGAUGAGGAACAGAGAAUGAAACAGGAGCAACCUGGUAAUCCAAAGGAAACUGGUCCAUCUGUACAAUCAAGAAGGGCUAAAGAACAAAGCAAGCGGAAAGGCACUACAUCAUCUGAGAGAAAGAGACCGCGUCAUCUGGAAGUUGCUCAUGGAGAUAAACCUCAACCAUCGGCACAAGAGGGAGGAGCUAAAGAACAAAGCAAGAGGAAAGGCACUACAUCAUCUGAGAGAAAGAGACCGCGUCACGAGGAAGUUUCUUGUGGAGAUAAACCUCAACCAUCGGCACAAGAGGGAGGAGCUAAAGAACAAAGCAAGCAGAAAGGCAUUACAUCAUCUAAGGGAAAGAGACCGCGUCAGGAGGAAGUUCCUCAUGGAGAUAAACCUCAACCAUCGGCACAAGAGGGAGGAGCUAAAGAACAAAGCAAGCAGAAAGGGACUUCAUCAUCCGAAGGACAAAGAUCGAGACAGGAAGAAGUUGCUCAUCGAGACAUACCUCAACCAGAGUUACAAGUGGGAAGGGCUACAGAAAAGAGCACGCAGAAAGGGACUACAUCAUCUGAGGUACAUAGACCGAGUCAGGAGGAAGUUGGUUAUCGAGACAAGCCUCAACCAGAGGUACAAGUAGGAGGAUCUAAAGAAAAGAGCAAUGUGAAAGGGACUACAUCAUCUGAGGAACAGAUACUACGUCAGGAGGAAGUUGCUCAUCUAGACAUAUCUCAACCAGAGUUACAAGUAGUAAGGGCUACAGAAAAGAGCACGCAGAAAGGGACUACAUCAUCUGAGGGGCAGAGACCGAGUCAGGAGGAUGUUGGUCAUCGAGACAAACCUCAACCACAAGUGCAAGUGAGAGGAGCUAAAGAAAAGAGCAAGGAGAAAGGAACUACAUCAUCUGAGGACCAGAGGCCGCGUCAGGAGGAAGGUGCACACCGAGACAAACCCGAACUAGAGAUACAAGUUGGAGCGACUGAGACCGAAAGCAGUCAAGGCGAGAUGGGAAGAGCGCAAUCCAAUCCAAGUGAUGCUGCUGAUCAGUGCAGGAGUGAAUUAAAAGACCGGUAUACUACCACAGGUAGUUACGUUCAGUUAAUACCCAGGGUCGAUGACGACAUGAAACACAUGAGUGAUAUAUAUACAGAGUUGCAAUUAGAAAAAGGUGACCAGGAUGACAUAGAGGGGGAUGUUGAGGAUAACACCAAAGACGUAAAACAGAAACUGCAGGUCUUUGUCCGGACUCCCUCCUCGCAUAGAUCCAAGACACUUUAUUUCGAACUCCAUCCUGAGACAUCCGUCUCAUCUCUCAAAAAAACAAUCCAGAGGAAGAUUGGUGUGGAGGCACGACAUCAGCGUCUGUGCAUCAGGGAAAACGUCCAGCUCUGUGACUUGCUCACACUUGAGGAGAAUGGCGUUGACGAGGAUAAACUCAUCUCUCUUCGUCUAUCCUUAAAUGACGCACAUGACGACGAUGUACUAAAAGACGAAGCCAGCAUUGACGAUGAGUACCUCAGGGACUUGUCAUCAAAAAUCGAAUCAUCGUGGAAGGAACUUGCCAAACACCUAGGAUAUGAAGAAGCGGAAAUUGCAGACAUCCAAACCACCAACGAAGGCAGCACUGAAGGGAGCCGUCACAUGCUACUCACUUGGUGGGAAAAGACGACAGAUCACGAAGACGCAGCUCAGAAGCUGAGACGAGCAUUGGAGGCCAUCGGGCUGACUGAUUUGGCCCAAAAUGUACCGGUAACGGGCAAAUCAAGAGACGAAGCAAAUGGAGCCAAGCCAAACAGGCGUCAAGAUGCAGGAGUAGACGAGGAGAGCAAACAAAACGGGGUGGCAUCAACCGAGGAAAAGAAACUGAAAAAGGAACAAGUUGGCGAUCAAGACAAACCUCAGCUAAUCAGGUAA